UCUCCACUCAGGAAGUAGCGUUUAUAUGUUUGAUGUAUAAAUAGUUAAUUUUACAUGCUUUGAGUCUGGACGCCGAAGACAGCCGAUAGCCGACCCCCGUCCUCUUUUACGCUUAUUUAGGGGCUCGAGAUGGCCAAAGAGAAGAAAAACGUGCUGACGACCCACAACAAGAAGCCCGAAGACAUCGCAACAAAGUCAGCUCAGAGGAAACUUAAGGAAAACAACCCGAAAAUGAGUAAGGAUAACCUAUCUGAAGCUCAGCCAACACUCAGUCUAUUUAAAUCUCCCCUGAGCGACAGUUCAAGCACGUUAAUCCAGGAAGGCGAUGAAUCUGAUAAAUGUCAUGCUGACACAUCCAAGAUGAGGAAAGACAGACCUAUUGAAAUAAACUCCGAGAUUCACCAGUUAAAAAAGGAGCAGAAUUCUGGAGGGGCUAGUCAAGUUCCGGGUCCCAGAAAGCCAUCCACAGAGCAGCUUUUGGAAAGAGAUUCUGUUUCACACAGGAACCCCGGGUCCACAGCAGACAAAAAAGUGCCAGUGUCCAAAACUCAAACUGGUCAUAAAGUCAGAGGGAAAAAAAAAGAGAAUAAAACCAUGCAAAACAGAAAGGUCACAGACUAUUAUCCCAUUAGACGCAGUUCCAGAAAAACAAAGGCAGAGUUGAAGAAUGAAGAACACAAGCACCUAGAUGACCUCAUAAAGAAUGGCAUCGAAGAGGGAAUGGAGAUAAAACACAUAGAAGGAAAAGGAAGAGGAGUAUUUGCUGUCAGUGGAUUCAAAAAGGGAGAUUUUGUGGUGGAGUAUCAUGGAGACCUACUGGAUUUAGCUGAAGCUAAAGACAGAGAGGCCCAAUAUGCACAGGAUCCCAAGACAGGCUGUUACAUGUACUACUUCCAAUAUCACUGCAAAACAUUAUGUGUGGAUGCCACAAAGGAAACCAACCGUCUUGGAAGACUGAUCAACCACAGUAAAAAUGGGAACUGCCAAACUAAGCUUCAUGACAUUGAUGGAAAACCUCAUCUUAUACUGGUGGCCUCCAGAGAUAUUGAGGCAGAGGAGGAGCUCCUAUAUGACUAUGGUGACAGGAGUAAAGCCUCCAUCUCUGCACAUCCCUGGCUCAAACACUGAACCACUCCAGUAGAAAAUGCCGUCAUAGGCGAGAGGUGCUUGUAUGUAGAAAAUGACAUGGAAGCGCAAUCAAUAAAUGCUCUUUUUAUUAAGUACAAAACAGCUGUUUUUAGAAAUAGGUAGACUAGAGCUUCCAUUUGUGAGAAAUGUAUUUUGCAACUGUUAUUUUGAUAUUUUUAUCUUUUUUCCUUAAACAUAGUUGGUUGAUGGUACAACUUGUUUUUUUUUUCUAACUUAAGUAUUUCCUAUUGACCGGGGUUUUGCUUUGUAAUGAGCAAUUGGCAGAGCACUUUCACUAUUACAUAUUAGUCAUGCUGGAAAUGGAGGAAUAAAUCUCAGCUGAAUCUUUUGAUUCUAACUUUUGCAUGGCAAAUGUUUUGAGAUGCUUCCGAGAAAUAACAUGUAAAUUAGUGGGCGCAUAUGUGAACAAUUUAGAUGCUUUAAGUGGCCUUAAAUGAUGGCGAACUUGCAUCCGUACAACAGAACAAUAAACUCUGCACAUUGAGUCUAUGCCUGUCGUAUGAAAUGUGCUAUAUAAAUAAACUUGACUUACUACAAUGGAUGUUGACAUUAUUGUGUGCUAAAAAGCAACUGGCUCAGUGGAAAGAUGUGGGGACAAAACUUUGACAUUUGAAGUCAUUGCUUGUUAAUAUAAAAGUGUACCAAAGGCUCAGAAUUCUAUUAUCUGAUAUAUCAAAGAAGGUUGAAUCAGUUCAUGGAUACAGCGUUUAUUGACAGAUGCAUAUCUGUCAAUA